AAUCGUUUACUAUGACUUCUGAGGUAUGUUAUUCUCAGCCCAACCCCUCCAUCUGGUGUUAUCAGUCCAGUAUGGGGGUGCAUGAUCUUGUCGCUCUUCGUGUCCCUGCCUAUCUCCUUCCUAUUGUAGUCUGUCCCAAAACCGUCUUUUUAUUGAGUUUAUGCCUCUAACUAAUAGUCUUCAACUUUCUACAGCGUGAGAACAAGACGUUCCUCGCCCGCCUCUGCGAGCAGGCCGAGCGUUACGAUGAGAUGGUCACGUACAUGAAGGAAGUCGCCAACAUCGGAGGCGAGCUUUCCGUUGACGAGCGUAACCUACUAUCCGUCGCCUACAAGAAUGUCGUUGGUACUCGCCGUGCCUCGUGGCGUAUCAUCUCCUCCAUCGAGCAGAAGGAGGAAUCCAAGGGUUCCGAUCAGCACGUUACCAUCAUCCGCGAUUACCGUCAGAAGAUCGAGACCGAGCUGGAGAAGGUUUGCCAGGAUGUCCUUGACGUGCUGGACCAGUCUCUCAUCCCCAAGGCCGAGACUGGAGAGUCCAAGGUCUUUUACUUCAAGAUGAAGGGUGACUACCACCGUUACCUUGCUGAAUUCGCCUCUGGAAACAAGCGCAAGGUUGCUGCUACUGCCGCCCACGAGGCUUACAAGAACGCAACCGAUGUUGCUCAGACCGAGCUCACUCCUACUCACCCCAUUCGCCUGGGACUCGCCCUGAACUUCUCCGUUUUCUACUACGAGAUCCUGAACUCUCCCGACCGUGCUUGCCAUCUCGCCAAGCAGGCGUUCGACGAUGCUAUUGCGGAGCUUGACUCUCUUUCUGAAGAGAGCUACCGCGACAGCACUCUGAUCAUGCAAUUGCUGCGUGACAACCUUACCUUGUGGACCUCAUCCGACGGCAACGAGCCCGAGAAUGUGUCUGCUCCCAAGGAGGACAAGCCUGAAGAGGAGGCCGUUGCUCCCGAGGAAAAGCCUGAGGAACCCAAGGCUGCCGAGUCGUAA